AAGAGAGAAAUGGGAAAAAAUCGGAAGGUGGAGGACGGACGAAUCGCUCUUCCCUUCGUUGUAGUCACCGUUUAGUUCUGUCGUUGCGCACCCCCUCGCUACCUUCUGCUGCGUGUUCUGCGCUCCCCAUCGCAGAGAGUUCGUCGCGUGAAGGGCGCAGUCGACUGGAGGAAGAGAAAUCGCCGGGGGAAGUCGGAAGCCGAGAAAGCGGCCCGGCGGGAACCGGGCCGUAUGAAGAGCAUCCGGCGCCCUCCACUCCUGGGCUGUGAGAGUCGAAUGCGGGCGGCCGAGGGUCCCGCCGGCCGCCCGGACCAUGAACGGUAGCGCGGCCAAGUCGACGACGGGCACCGGAAGUCCCCCGCCCGGAGGCAACGCGGCCGCCAACGUCACCGUGUCCAGUAACUCCACCAAACCGCUGUUGGACGUGUCCAGGACCAUCACCCGCCCGGCCAGCCUGGCCGCCGUCUCCAGAAGGUCGCUGGUGGAAGAACAGGUGGAGAAGGGCAUCUACCAGAUGCUGGCCUCGCUGGCCCUGCUGUGCCUGCUCUCCCUGCUCAUGUCUUUCCUGGCCCUCUUCUUUCUACAGAAAGUGGCCUCUUCCCUCGUCUCUCCCGAAGACUUCAAAAAGAACGGAGAGAAAAAGAUAGUGGUCAAUCCCAAAGAGUAUUUCGCCGUCUACCAGGUGUCGGUGGCGCUCUGCACUCUGACUUUGUGCCUCAAUCUGUGUUGUCUAUUCGUCUGUUGCAUCCAGUUUCUCUUCGCCAUCAAAUUAAUGAAGAUACCUCGAGGCAACGAAAGGUAACCUUUAAUUAUCUCGCCGCGUGACGUUUUUUCUUUCCUCCCCACUGGAAUCGGUCUUCCGCGCCACGAAUUUCGGAAAGACCCGCGAAGCCCGAAUUUGUCGAAAUUGUUGCCUAGUAUCCGUUGUUACGCGAAUUUCCCCAUUUCCUAGUUGGGAUCAGAUCGGAACAUUUUGGGAUUGUUCGUUCCAGCCUCGGGGGUCGGAUGCGAGAAGAAAUUCCGGUUUUACAAUAGAUAAUGGAGAUAAAACGAAGAGUAGAUUAAAGGAUGUGGAACAUGGUUGACGGAAACGAUAUCAAUUUUUUGUAAGUAAAAAACUUCACUCUAAUUCUUUCUAUUGUUGAAAAACCAGAUAACCUGAGGAAUGUAUUCUUAUAGAAUAUUGUCGGAAGAACUGGAAAAUGAUCGAAAAGAACAGAUAACAGAACCCGGGAUCGAUCUUGUCGCGGUGUCUUUCACUUCUUAUCCGAUUAACUAUUAAAUUAAAUCUCCGAAUUAGUGUUUUAUGCUACAUAAGAACAAAUAACAAUUUAAAUAUCCUCCAGAGACUUUUUGCAUUGUUAAUUUCCAAUCUUGUCUAAAAAAUGUAUUAUAGUUUAUUGUUUACUUUUUAUAAUUUUUAUCUUAUUAUUGUUGUUUUACGUCGUUGUGGGGAUGGCAUCUUUGUCCUUUGGAAUCGCCUUUAUAGUAAAGAAUAGAAUCAAAACUAUGCUUUACCUACUUCGAACCUACAUCGAUUAUUUUUUGUAUAUUUUUGGUAAUGACCAUAAAUCAGGAGAAUUUGCAGGGGUUAGUAAACAGGGAUUAAGAAUUGUUCACUAAAUCGAAGAUUGAACUACUAUUAAUAUUUGUAUUCUAACGGAACUGUACAUUUUACAGUAGAGUUUUUCAUCCUAGUAACUUUUCCCACAGUUUGAAGUGAUGAAACAAGUUCCCUUAUCAAAGUAUCACGAGAUCCAAAAUAAAUGCGAGAGAGAUAAUCAUUUUGAACAAAUUAUUGUAUUUCUCUCUAAGGAGGUAUCAUUAUUUCUUGGCAUUCACGAGGAAUUCUUAUCACAACAUUUUCUUUUACAAAACUGAACUGACAAUCUUUAUAAAUAGUUAAUUAAAAUAAACGUGGUUCCAGCAAAUUAUAAUAUUAGUUAUUACCUACGAUUACAAAAGAGAACAAUUCAUUAAAACCAAAACCAAUAAAUAAACAUAUAAGAUGCGGAUUAAAUACGAAAUUAUGUAACCACAUAGCAAUUAAUAUACUAGACUUUAUAGAAAAAAACAAUUCGAAUUUUUAAUAUGUACUUCUGCAUCAUUUCUAACGCGGACUUAACAGUCAAGUCAACAAGCUCGGUUAGAAAAAAUUACACGUAAAUUUGCUACAGAGUCAGUCACACGCGAUUUUACAGUCAGAGGUUGGUCACACCAAUCUAGAAUAUCUUCAAUUGGCUACAAGCCAGAUAAAACACGGAAAUAAAAUACGGUUUGUGUGUACUCAGAUACGCUCUACCGGCCAAGGACGAAGCUGUAUUAUAGUCACACUCUAUCUUGUAAAACUUGUCGAAUAAUAAGAAAGCUAGUAACGUUUUGCUAAAUUCGAUAAAACUGAAUUCAUAGAACUCAUUCCAAAAUAUUUGACUAACCUCAGAAUAAGUUAUUUUAAAGUUUAUAUCUCGUUUCUAUUGAUCCUCCAUUCAAACUAUCUUGUUUAAAAAUAUUAACAAAUGAAUUUUUAUAAUAAUAACAGCGAGAAUGUAUUGUAAAUGGCGAAUCAUCUGACUACUUCGCUGUUG